AUGGCUACAGAAAUCACCCUCAAGGCCAUCCCAGGCCACCCGGAAGAGAUAACGCUCUCCACAACCGCAGAGAUUCCCGAAGGCCCCCGAAGGGCACAGAACCGCUCCAAGCAUGUCCUUGUUAUUGGAGGCGGCGUUAGCGGUCUGAUGACUGCUUGGAUCCUCCUGGAUAAGGGCUACUGCGUUACCAUCGUGUCGAAAGAAUGGGCCAACCUUGCGAAGCCCCUGACUUCGCAGAUUGCUGGGGCUCUGUGGGAGUUUCCUCCCGGGGGAUGUGGGAUUACGGAGAUUGAGACACCGUUGUGGGGAUACUCGGCUCUGGAGCAGUAUCGGGAGUGGGCUAUGCAGAGCUUUGAGUUCUAUCGGUGGAUGGCAAAGCGGGAUGAGCUUGUUGGUGGUGACCAGGGACGAGUUUCUGGGGCUGGCAAAUUCGGGGCGAAGAUGAAGACUUUGUUCCAGUUCUUUCGACGGCCGAUUGAGUGCGAGUGUGGCCCUGGACGUGAUGACCGGCAUUAUGAUAAGUAUUUCGAGGUGAAGGCUUUAGAUGACAGUGUCGAUUCGCCCUUCAAAGAUCAGUUGAAAGUUAAAUAUCACUCUAUGGCUGAUGGAGGGAAGAAGGGCGACCCACGAGUGUUGACAGAUUUAGUGGACCCAAAGAAGCAGUUUAAUGUUGCGUGCGCAUAUCAGCAUGAAGCUCCUAUGAUUGAUACAGAUGUUGCUAUGGGGUUUCUGAUGCGGCUCGUUCAAAGCAAAGGGGCAGUUCUAGAGACUAGAGAGAUCAUUGGCGAUCUCCGUCUCCACGAGCAAGACCUGCUGAGCAAAUACCAUGCCGAUAUUAUCGUCAAUGCAAGCGGUAUAGGGGCUCGUGAGCUCGUCGCUGAUAGUCAGAUUUACCCUGUUCGUGGAGCAGUCAAAAAGAUCAAGAGGCCAACGGGGUACCCCGCGGAUUAUGCAUUCCUUCUUCCAGCCCAGGAAGACCUUGACGGCUCAGUGAGUAAGACUGUUUUCAUCGUUCCUCGUAACGAUGAUACUCUGGUGAUUGGCUCAAUCACUCAGCGCAAUAACUGGCAGCUGAACCUUUCCCUUGACUCCCCUGAAGUCAAGGCUAUGUGGGAACGGGCGACUGAGUUCCUGCCGGUCCUCAAAGAUGCAGACCCUGAUGAACAGUCUCUUGCACAAGGCCUGCGGCCCUUCUCUCGUCUGAACGUUAGAGUCUCCCCUGAUACUCGGGCGAGUUCUUGCCGCAUUGUUCACAAUUAUGGACAUGGAGGGUCGGGAUGGACUCUUGCCGUUGGUUGUGCGAGGUCUUGCGUACGCUUAGUCGAGGAGGUUCUGGAUACAGAAAGACCAGCAAAUUCAGAGAUAUGCAGGUUGUAG